AUGCUGUCAAAUUGCCGAGGUUCGGCGGUGCCCAACUCAGUGCCACUUCAUUCCCCUUUUAACAGCCGCACAUACAUACAACACACCUCCUUCUUUUCCUUCCCUAGUUCACUAAUACUAGUACUAUUUCCGAUUAAAAUGCCAACCCCCGAUCCGACUCCAGCAGAUCCAGACCCCACCAUGUCUGUCGAUCCAGUCGUGGACGUUGACCCGGCCCUCCGCGCUCUCCUCCGCCUCUCCCUGAGCAGUCAGGAGUACAAGCUCCUCCACGAGCGCGCGCCCGCUGGUAUUAAGAAGAACGCGCCGUCUCCGGCGAGGUUUGAGGCGAUUGUGCAACCGAAGGAUAGAUUUAAUGAGGCCGCGAUAAGGGAGUCGUUGCGGGUGUUUUUGGGGUCGGGAUUGUUGUUGAAGCUGGUUGAAGUCGUUAGCCGGCGCAUGAAGGGCGGUGCUGGCGCCGUUGCGAGUAAAAAACGAUCCAUCAUCCAUUCCCCCAACUUCCGCCUUCCACUCGCCCUCGCGCUCGUGCUCUUCUUCCACCGUCGCCUGCAUCGUUUGUUCGCGCGCAUCCGCGCAAGCCUCCGCACCGACAAAGCGCAGCCAUUCCGGGACCGAAACCCGCGUCUGACCAAAGCGUUGACGUCUCGAUAUGCGCCCGCUGUCGGGGGGAGUUUGGCCGGGUUCGCGCUGGGGGUUGCUCCGCAGGCGCAGUUGCGGUUGACGACGGCGAUUUAUAUGAGCACACGGACGUUGGAGUUCUUGUAUAAUGUCAUGGAGGAGAAGGGUUGGUUGAAGAAUAAGCCGUGGUGGUUUGGGAGUUGGUUGUUGAUGCCUGUGUCGUGUGCGCAGCUAUUCCAUGCGUUUGUGUUUGAUCGCGAGACGACGCCAAAGUGGUUUGGAAAGGUCGUUAUGCACUCGCCCAGCUACAUACAGAGCCGUCCUGCACUGCUUCCUGCGGAGAUUCCCUGGCCGGAGAACGAAGAGGUGGUCGACUCGCUCGCUACUAUUGCCAACCUGCGCUGGCCGUACGUGAAAACGAUUCCCAUGAAUUUUUACGAAAUUCUAAUCUACGCCUUCAGGCCCUUCACCUCGCCGAUCCUGCACCCAUCCAACCCUAACACCCUACCAUCGGCAAUCAAGUCCAUCGCCCCGAUCACCGGGCCCGCGCAUCCCUCCAUCUCCAGCCUGUCAUGCGCACUCCUACACCCAGCUGUCCCCAGCUGCAACACAGCAUUCCUGCACCACAUCCUCCUCUCCGUCCCCCGCAUCGCCCGCUUCAUGACCACUGUCAUGUUAGCCGUCUCCAUCCUCAAAUACAAAGCCUUCACCACCAACCCCCUCGCCUCCUUCCAAAACCUCGUCAAACGCAUCCUCACCUUAACAGCCAUCCUCUCCACCUCUAUCGGCUCCGCCUGGGGCAGUAUCUGCCUCUGGAACACCCUCCUCUCGCGCUCUGCGCUCCCAACAAAACGCUUCUUCCUCAGCGGCGCCCUGGGCGGUCUCCCCUUUGCUUUCCUGGGAAACAACUCCCGCGGCGCGUUCAUGUCCAUUUUCCGCAGCGCCGUUGACUCCGCGUGGAAGUCUGGCGUGAAGCGCGGGCUGUGGAAGGGCUGGACCGGUGGCGAGCUGUGGUUGAUUGUGGCGAGUUGGGCGGUUAUGGGGGCGAUUCUGGAGAGGAGGCCUGGGGCUGUGCAGGCUGGGGGGUUGAGGAAGGGGUUGGCGUGGUUGAGGGGGGAUGGAUUUGUUGAUCCGGUUGAGGUGUUGGAGAGGAAGAGGGCGAGGAGGGCUGCGAGGAGGGAGGAGCGGGAGCUUGGUGAGGAGAAGGGUCGGGCUUGA